AUAGGCAGUGUGACUUCUCUUGAUUUGCUGUACAUUCCGGUUUUCUGAUCUCUGGUUGUCAGAAUGGUCGUCCUGAAAGGAAUCCCCUCUGUUUUAUCACCUGAUCUGCUGUAUGUCCUCGCUAAAAUGGGCCAUGGGGAUGAACUGGUGCUUGCAGAUGCUAAUUUCCCAACAUCUUCCAUUUGUACUUGUGGUCCGAAAGAGAUAAGAGCCGAUGGUUUGGGAAUCCCAGGGCUUCUGGAGGCCAUUUUGAAGCUGUUACCCCUGGAUACCUAUGUCCCCCAUCCGGCAGCAGUCAUGGAUCUGGUAGACAGUGACAAGCAAAGAUGUUUAGCUGUCCCUAUGUGGGAAACCUACAGACAUCUCCUAAACCAGGCAGGGUCUCAGACUCCUCUGGAAAAGGUGGAAAGAUUUGCUUUUUAUGAACGAGCCAAGAAGGCAUACGCUGUUGUAGCAACAGGUGAAACAGCUCUGUAUGGUAACCUGAUACUGAAGAAGGGAGUCAUCCCUGCUGAGCUGCUGCAGUGAAGAACAGAUGUUUUGCUGUAACUGUAAUUUGGUGAUGAUGAUUGUUAAUUACCAAAUAAUUUUUUCUCAGUUGUUCAGUGAUGCCAGCCUGUUUUCCUGUUAGAAUAAAGUGGAUAUUUUUUUAAUGAAGCAGAUUUUUGGUUUUGCUCAACUUCCACCCGAAACUGCAAUAUUAAAAAUCCUUUGCCAAUCUAUAAAUAAUACUGUAAAUAUUAUCUUUUUAGUCUCCACUUAACAUGGAGCAAACACAGUUUUGUAUUUUUUAAAAAUGACUUCUGCAGUCUGCACUUCCUUCAAUAAAUAAAACAUGAAAUCUUAAA